GGAAACUUCGAGCCACAUUAGAUGAAUAUACUACUCGAGUGGGACAGCAAGCUAUAGUCCUCUGUAUCUCACCCUCUAAACCCAACCCUGUCUUUAAAGUGUUUGGUGCAGCACCUUUGGAGAAUGUGGUGCGUAAGUACAAGAGCAUGAUCCUGGAAGACCUGGAGUCUGCUUUGGCAGAACACGCCCCUGCGCCACAAGAGGUUAACUCAGAACUGCCACCUCUUACCAUCGAUGGAAUUCCAGUCUCUGUGGACAAAAUGACCCAGGCCCAGCUACGGGCAUUUAUCCCAGAGAUGCUCAAGUACUCCACGGGUCGGGGAAAACCAGGCUGGGGGAAAGAAAGCUGCAAGCCCAUUUGGUGGCCUGAAGACAUCCCAUGGGCAAAUGUCCGGAGCGACGUUCGCACAGAAGAACAAAAGCAGCGGGUUUCAUGGACCCAGGCACUACGGACCAUAGUUAAAAACUGUUACAAACAGCAUGGGCGAGAAGAUCUUUUGUAUGCUUUUGAAGAUCAGCAAACACAAACACAGGCCACAACUACACACAGUAUAGCCCAUCUUGUACCGUCACAGACUGUAGUCCAGACUUUUAGUAACCCUGAUGGCACUGUCUCACUUAUCCAGGUUGGUACAGGGGCAACAGUAGCCACAUUGGCUGAUGCUUCGGAAUUACCAACCACAGUCACUGUUGCCCAAGUGAACUAUUCUGCUGUGGCUGAUGGAGAGGUGGAACAAAAUUGGGCCACGUUACAAGGAGGUGAGAUGACCAUCCAGACGACGCAAGCAUCAGAGGCCACCCAGGCGGUGGCAUCAUUGGCAGAGGCCGCAGUGGCAGCUUCUCAGGAGAUGCAACAGGGAGCUACGGUCACCAUGGCGCUUAACAGCGAAGCUGCCGCCCAUGCUGUCGCCACCCUGGCGGAGGCCACCUUACAAGGUGGGGGACAGAUCGUCUUGUCUGGGGAAACCGCAGCAGCCGUCGGAGCACUUACUGGAGUCCAAGAUGCUAAUGGCCUGGUCCAGAUCCCUGUGAGCAUGUACCAGACGGUGGUGACCAGCCUCGCCCAGGGCAACGGGCCAGUACAGGUGGCCAUGGCUCCUGUGACCACCAGGAUAUCAGACAGCGCAGUCACCAUGGACGGCCAGGCUGUGGAGGUGGUGACAUUGGAACAGUGACAAGCAGCCAUAUCAUGGCAUUGUUUUCUA